UAUACGGUAGGGAGAAUAAAUCCGCAUUGUGCGUCCCGCUCACGUAAGUAGCAGUUGGGGUGCAACUCUUUUGGUCGUGUCUAACAAGACUCAUCCAACACUAUCAACUGCAAUCCAUUUUCAUCUUUAAAAUGCCACCAAAAUUUGAUCCAACCGAAACUAAAAUCGUUUAUUUGAGAGUAGUGGGUGGAGAAGUUGGUGCCACGUCAUCUCUUGCACCCAAAGUCGGUCCUUUAGGAUUGUCACCAAAAAAAGUUGGAGAUGACAUUGCCAAGGCCACUGCAGAUUGGAAAGGUUUGAAAAUCACAGUCAAGUUGAUUAUUCAAAACAGACAAGCUCAGAUUGAAGUUGUUCCUAGUGCUGCUUCACUCAUCAUCAGAGCUUUGAAGGAACCUCCCAGAGACAGAAAGAAAGUUAAACAUGUAAAACACAAUGGAAAUCUUGCUUUUGAUGACAUCGUUACCAUUGCUCGUACUAUGAGACCACGUUCCAUGGCCAAAGAUCUGGCCGGCACGGUGAAGGAAAUCUUGGGUACCUGCCAGUCUGUGGGAUGCACGAUAGAUGGUAGCCAUCCUCACGAUCUUAUUGAGAAAAUCAAAGCCAAGGAGCUUGAAGUUCCAGAAGAAUAAAGUUGAAAUAAAGUAAACUGACAUUUUGAAUUGGUGUGUCUUUAUUUUUAUCAUUUAGUAUUUAAAUUUUUUAUUUUUUCACACUUUUUUGAUACAAUUCAAAUAGUUUACAGAGAAGAGUUUUAUUGUUACAUUAUCUGUUAUAACAUUGGAAUCUGUUUUUCUAUGAAUUAGUGCAAAAGUUGUAGGGUAAAUUUUCCCAGAAAAAAAUUUUUAAAUAUCUAUGAAAAGAAAUAUAGCAACAAACAAUUG